GUAAGUCUCCUCUCUCUCCCGCUUAAAACUUCCCAAGGCCUUCUUCUCAGCAUUGUUUGUGAAGAACCCAAGCUUGGUACCAGAUUUCUAUUUUAACGCUUUGUCUGUUGAGCCAUUUGCUGGUGGUCUAAAUGCUGGGUCACUUCAACUCAAUCAUUGCAAUGGCCUCCAAUGCUGCAAAGAAGGCCAAGCUGCCAAUGGCUGCAGGCUCUCCAACCUUAACAAAUGAUGAAAAUGCUCCCGAGAAAACAAGCUCUCAGAGUUGCAAAACCACUCCCGCAGCUGCAAAUUGCACCCCUCCGAUCACUUUUCGGACAGAUUGCCCGGACAUUAAGAGGCUGGGGAUCUACUUUGGUAUCUACAUGGGCGUCGGCACGAUGAGCUUUUACGCACUCAAGAACCACAUCAGAGGGCAUAAAACGAACGAUUUCAUCGAUUCUCUUUACCUGUGCGUGGUGACAAUGACCACGGUCGGCUAUGGCGACCUCGUUCCUCACAGUUUCCUCUCCCAACUGGUUUGCAGCAUUUUCAUAACCAUAGGAAUGUGCCUGGUCGGGAUAGUAGUGAAAAUAGCUGCAAGUUACUUGGUCGUGAAGCAGCAGAUGGUGCUGGUUAACGCCCUGCAGCUGUCUAAAAAACUGGGUCCGACGGAAGCCAUGAAGGAGAUCGAGAACCUGAAAAUAGACUACACCAAGUGCCUGAUAUCGUUGAUUGCCAUGGCGGUGCAUUUCGUCUUAGGGAUCUUCGUCCUGGUUACAGUCGAAGGAAUGGAUUUCACUGAUGCAAUCUACUGUGCUUGCAGCACCAUGACAACCGUCGGGUUUGGAGAUGAGAGCUUCUCCAGUGAGUUCGGACGCAUGUUUGGUGUAGUUUGGAUUUCCACAGGUACUUCCUGUUUAGGCCAGCUGUUUCUCUACAUUGCAGAGGUGUAUACAGAUAUCGAAACCAAGAAACUAGUCAAGUGGGUUCUUACUAGCAACACCAUUGCCAAGAAAGACCUGGAAGCAGCUGAUAAUCCUGAAAACGACCAGGUUUAUGGGGCUGCUGAUUUCAUUAUAUACAAACUAAAAGAGAUGGGAAAGAUCAAGCAAGAAGAUAUCUCAAUUGCCAUGAAGGGUAUUGAUAAUGUGACCAAGGAUCUUGAUGUUGAUCUUCAGUCGGAUUCAUCCCAAAAGAAGUGAUGAUUUCCAUCAAAAAGAAUAUCAAUUGUACUAGUGUCUUCAAAGAAUUUAGAUCUUCUCUUAUCAUAAUAUUCAACCUUUCCCCCAGGUUGAAAUACUCCUCCUUUGGAAGCUAUAACUAGCUAGGCCACCCCUGAGUAUUUUGUAAAGAAGAACAGCACGCAUGGUACCUAUGUUUUGAAGGUUGAACGUACCUUAAUUACAUGUAAUUUUGUUGGAAUAAUAAUGGGUUUAUCUCAUAAAA